AUGUGUUUACAAAACAAACACGGUUUAUUUUGAAAUUAUUAUUUUAUUGGAAGUAAAUUGAUUGACUACCUUUGGCUGGAAUAUUCGCCAAACAGAACGACAUAAAAACACAAGCAGACAAAAGUUGGGAAAGGACAGUUGGUGCAUCUUAGCAGGCCAUGCGGUGUGCAAGCGCAUUUAGAUGCAGUAGAAAAGACCAGAACCCGCUGGAUUAGUUGUUAUCGAGUUUCAAGAACACGAAUUCGAAGCAAUGAGCUGAAAAAUAACCCCUGGAAACGAGAAAAUGAGAUAUAUCUUCACUCAAAAACUAAGUAUUGAGCGCGAUACUCAUCCAAGGAACCUUCUGGCAGAACUCUGGGAACAUUAAGGUAAACGUUGAGAUGAUUGUGACAAGUGCAAGUCGUCCAACGUGACUGCGCUGACGUAGGAACAUGAAGGCAUGAUUUUGCAUAUAACUGUGCGCCGAAUAUCAUAGGCCAAGUUCAGUUUAAGGUGAAUCAGCUAUUCCAUCUUCGUGGGCACGUUCCUGAUUUACAGCUUCACUGAGCAAUUGAGCGGAGCGCACACGGUUGUGCUUGCGAAUAUAUAAAUGGGACUUGAUCAGGAGAGGGGAUGAAUCAGCUGACCAAAGCCGAAUGCAGCCUUGGAGAAUGCAUGGUGCAUGAAGGAUCCGAUUCUCUAUCAAGCACAUUUAACCGUACGAUGAUGGAGAUUAGCUCAACCGAGAUGGCCCUUGAUCUUCAAGGAAAACGGGCUACAAGGAGCAUGUCUGGCCACGAGUCACGCCUUAAGCAAAGCAGGCUUAUGAUCGUACUAGAAAGCAUUAAAGAGGAUGGCAAUGAAGCAGCAGAGGAAACUAACACGCGUGAGGAUUUGGUGACGAAUAGAAGAUUCAGUGAGCCUCUACACUCUGCCCAUGCAAAAGCUCAGCUCACUUCCGUANGAAGGUCUAAUGUUUCAUUCGGAACUACCUUACCACCGAUGAAACACCACACGGUGAUCAAUUUGCAUAAGAAAGACAUCACAGCAGCUAAAGCAUUUUUUCCAGACUUUUUCCCUCAACAACCUUUACGAGACAGUUACGAUUGCGUACGUUCGCAACCAACACUGGAAGAGAUUUUCUCGGGUCAGAUCAAGUCUUAACAACCCUGAGUGAUGGAACACUGA